GCCCGGGGCCGUGGAGCCGGGCUCUCCGGGGCAGCCGGCAGGGCUGCAGCCUCUGCGAGGACGGGGCUGGGGAUGGAGGAACCCUGUGGGGAGCCAGGUGCUGCCUCCGGGCUGCAGUUCCCAGCCUACGAGGAGGCUGUGAGGGGGGUUGGGAGGAACCUGUCCUGUUCGGGGGCUGCUCCUGGCAGUGGCUGGUGGGCUCUGGAGGAGGUUUGGGGGUGAAAGGAGGAGGGCAGGAAUGCCUGGGUAAGAUGCAGCCCUGCCUGGCUGGGAGCCUUGCUGGCAGCAGGGCGUUCUCGCUGAAGUGCUGCAGGCGAGGGCUGGUCACAUCCUGCCCCUGUGGGGACGCAGCGGGGUCGGGGCAGCCGAGCAGUCCGCAGGUCCCAGGCGCGACAGGAGAACGUGCCUAGACCCGAGGCAAAGCAGCAGCCAAGGGAGGCUCUGAGCUAAGAUGUGCUGGGAGACGUCCUCUUCUCCAAAUGUACCUGACUCGGAGGGAAACCUCCCCAGCCCUCCUCCUCGGAUGCUAACGGCAUUUCCAUGUGCUGGGAUUCGCCCCGGACCAAGGAGCCAAGGAAGACUGGAGCGCUACAGCCUUUUCCCGGUCAUCCCAGCCCCAGCCCUGACCCUUCACUUUUGUGGGCUCCUUGUUGCCAGCUCUGCAAUGAAGGUGUUUGCGUACCAAGAUCCUCCGCAUUGCAGCUGGAGAUGCAGCUUUCUGCUAGCCAGGAUGACCCCCCACAGCUGCUCGCCCCAGCACAGCAUGGCUGUUCCACUCCACCAUGUUUCAUGCCUGCUUUGCACACAUAAAAGCCCGACAAUGGCGCAGGUGAAGGACAGCAGGUCUAUGAUGUGGGAACCAAGCAGCACAGGACUGAGCCCAGAUCAUCUUGGUUCCCCUGCAGAUGCCCUGUUCUGCGAACAAUAUCCUUCCUUUAUGUGGACAGCUCAGCUUCUCUUAGCUGAUGACAUUGCUAAUCCUUCUCGAGAUGCAAGUGCUGCUUCCUGUUCACUGCUGUAUAAAACCCCAGCGCUGGCUCAGCCCGUCCUUCCUCGCACUCUAGGACUGUUGGCAGGGCAGACACAGCCUGCGAGGACUCUCUGUACCAGGUCGGGAGCUAUUGGAGAAUGGAAUUCUCAAUGUACAAUUAUACCUCCAAUUAUUCUGGCCUUGAUGACUAUUCUAUAGAUGAGCUCUAUGAAUAUGAAAUCCCUCACAGCUACCGGGCAAUUCUGGUGCUGUACGCCCUCAUCUUCCUCCUGGGUGUGCUGGGCAACGGGGCCGUCAUCUGGGUGACUGGCUUUGAGAUGAGGCGCACAGUGAAUGGUGUCUGGUUCCUCAACCUCUCUGUGGCCGACCUGCUCUGCUGCCUGGCCCUGCCCUUCCUGGCCCUGCCCCUGGCCCGCGACCACCACUGGCCACUGGGCCACUUUGCCUGCAAGCUGCUGCCCUCCCUCACCAUCCUCAACAUGUUCGCCAGCGUCCUGCUGCUGACGGCCAUCAGCGGGGACCGCUGCGCCCUGGUGACGCGGCCCGUGUGGUGCCAGAACCACCGGACACGGGGGCUGGCGCGGGGGGUCUGCGCGGCCGCCUGGGGCCUGGCGGCACUCCUCACCGUCCCCUCCUUCGUCUUCCGGACGACGCGCUCUGACGUCUUCUCCGACAAGGAGACCUGCGUGCUGGACUAUGCGUCCGUUGGGCAUCACCAGCGCCUCACUGAGCUCUUCACAGCUGUCUUCCGUUUCCUCUGUGGUUUCUUGGUGCCCUUUGUGGUGAUCACGGCUUGCUACAGCCUGCUGCUGGCCCGUGUCCACAGCAAGCGCUUUGCCCGCUCUCAGAAAGCCAUCAAGCUCAUCCUCGUAGUGAUUGUCAGCUUUUUUGUGUGUUGGCUGCCUUACCACAUUGUGGGGCUGAUCCUGGCCUCCACCCUUCCCCACACGAGCUUGUUCAAGGGUGCCUUGGAAGCUGACCCCAUUGUCGCUGGCAUAGCAUACAUCAACAGCUGCCUCAACCCCAUCAUCUACGUCAUCAUGGGCCAGGACUUCAAGGACAAGUUCCAGCGCUCCUGGAGAGCUGUGCUGCGCAGCGUGCUGAGCGAGGACCCCCCCAGCACCACGGGGGACAGCAGGAUGAAGACCAAGUCUACCCUGGACGACCAGAACAUCAGCACCGACGUGUGACUCGGCAUGACUCCUGCUGAGAUGUCUCCAGGGUACCAGCUGGGGACGGCUCCGGGGGAGCGUUGCCACCUGCCCUCCUGAACCCAUUUCGUUGGGGGAGGUAGCCCUCUCCUGGGGGUCUGGGUGGCCACUGCGGAAAGGAGGUGCAUCUUUUGCCCUCCUUCCCUGCUGGGCCCUGGCUACUUUGCUUGUGGGUUGGGGAAACUGGAGGGUUGAAGCAGCUCCCAUGCUGUCAAAUUUGUGCAUCCAAAUACCCAGCUCCUCUCUGCCUAGGGGCCCCUUCGUGGCUUUCUCUGUGGCUGCAACCCACCCAGCAGUAAAAAGACUCCUUAGAGCAGAUUUUUUUCCGGCAGGCUCCUGCAAUAUCCCCUUCUCCCAUUUCUCCUACAGGCCAAACUUUGACCCUGUCCCCUGUCUCCAGGUCCCCGCGCUCUGGGCCGGUCCCCUCUCAGCCCCGUAAGGGCUGUGCUGCCUGGUAAACCCUGCCGACCCGCAGCCCUGCAGGCAGGCCAGGGCCUAUGGUCAGGGAGGUCAGAGAUGAACUCCGUGCGCUGAACUUGCCUUGAGCCCUCCAGCACUCCCGGGCCUCGGGAGUCAGCCUUCCCGCAGGCUUAGGUCCUCCCCAGUACACGGGGGCUUGGUCCAUCCCCUGCCCAUCCCAUCGGAAGGGGCCUGCUGCUGUUCGCCCCGGUUGCUCCACCUAGCUCAGCUGUGCUUUGUUACCGUGGAUGUGUCCGACUUUGCAAAUAAAUAUUGAACCUGC